UAAAUAUCGAAGUUUAUCGCUCCCAACCCCAAACACGCUUUCUUCUCUCUUCUCCGUUAGGGUUUCUCAGGGUUAGGGUUAUAUUCUCCCUUUUCCUUUCAAAAACCAUAAAUUUCUCUCUUUUCUCACCCAAUCAAUCAGCCAAAGCGAAACCAAAUCGACGAUGACGGGAAAGGCGAAGCCAAAGAAGCACACGGCGAAGGAGAUCCAAGCCAAGGUGGACGCGGCGCUGACCAACCGCGGCGGAGGAAAAGCCGGUUUGCUUGAUCGGAUCGGUGUUGAGAAAGGAGGACACGCAAAGUGGGAGUGCCCUCACUGCAAAACAACGGUUCCUGAUGUGAAAUCGAUGCAGAUUCAUCAUGAUGCUCGUCAUCCAAAGAUCCCCUUUGAGGAAGACAAACUCGUGAAUCGUCACGCGACUGCGGCUGCUGUUCCGGAAUCUUCCAAGCCUCGCCCUGGUGUUCGUGGUAGCCUCAAAAAGUGAUCGUGAUCGGAAUCGUCGUCGUUGAAUCGCAGCGUUUCAUUCAUGGCUUUUUACUAUAUUUUCUAUUUUGUACUUUUUCUGUUUAAGUUUUCGUUUUUAGGGUGUUAUUGAAUAAUUCGUGUCAUGGGUAUGUUUAGUUAUUUUAUGUUUUUUUUUUUUAAUAUCAAGAUGAUGAAUUUAAGGUAUGAAUGUUGUGCUUGAAGUGUUGCGAUGAAAGGUUUUUGAUGGGAAUGGGAUUGAGUUGUGCUGUUAUUAUUAAUUUGGCCCUUCUUAAGCCUUGAAUGUAACAUAUUGUUCCCUUGAUGCCAGUUAAUAUGAUCUUGCUACUACUUACUAUA